GAGUGUGUGUGUGUGUGACAAAGAGCAAAAGCAAAGUGACACAUCGCGGAGGUGUGGUUGAAAAUUUCUAAAGUUUUAGUGUUUAUCAGCAAGGGGAAACGCAUUUGAAUUAGUGUUAAACAUAAGCUUAAAGUGACAAAUUAAUUAAAUUGGAAUACAAUAUCAUAUAAAGCAACAGCAAAGACUAUGGCAGGCAGGCUACCGGCAUGCGUAAUCGACGUUGGAACCGGCUACACCAAGUUGGGAUUCGCUGGCAACAAGGAGCCCCAGUUCAUUAUACCCUCGGCCAUAGCCAUUAAGGAAUCGGCUCGAGUUGGUGACACCAAUACGCGACGCAUCACAAAAGGCAUUGAAGAUUUAGAUUUCUUCAUUGGUGACGAAGCCUUCGAUGCCACUGGCUAUUCGAUUAAGUAUCCCGUACGUCAUGGCCUUGUGGAGGAUUGGGACUUGAUGGAACGCUUCUUGGAGCAGUGUGUCUUUAAGUAUUUACGCGCUGAACCGGAGGAUCAUUAUUUCCUGCUGACUGAACCGCCACUAAAUACGCCAGAGAAUCGAGAAUAUACGGCUGAAAUUAUGUUUGAGACUUUCAAUGUUCCUGGCCUGUAUAUAGCCGUACAGGCUGUUCUCGCUCUGGCAGCCAGUUGGGCCUCUAGAGUUGAGGAGCGCACUUUAACAGGCAUUGUUGUGGAUAGUGGAGAUGGAGUGACGCAUGUUAUACCCGUGGCCGAUGGCUAUGUGAUUGGAUCUUGCAUUAAGCAUAUACCGAUUGCCGGACGCAAUAUUACGUCGUUUAUUCAAAGUUUAUUGCGUGAACGUGAAGUGGGCAUACCACCCGAACAGAGUCUGGAAACUGCCAAAGCGAUCAAAGAGAAACAUUGCUAUAUUUGUCCAGAUAUUGCCAAAGAGUUUGCCAAGUACGAUGCGGAACCAAAUCGAUGGAUACGCAAUUAUACUGGUGCUAAUACGGUCACAAAACAAUCAUUCCAAGUUGAUGUCGGCUAUGAAAGAUUCUUAGGACCUGAAAUAUUCUUUCAUCCGGAAUUCUCGAAUCCCGAUUUUACCAUUCCACUAUCGGAAAUUGUUGAUAAUGUUAUACAAAAUUGCCCAAUCGAUGUGAGGCGUCCAUUGUAUAAUAAUAUUGUACUAAGUGGUGGAUCCACAAUGUUUAAGGAUUUCGGACGACGUUUGCAGCGUGACAUUAAGCGUUCGGUGGACACCCGUUUACGUAUUAGCGAGAAUUUGUCCGAGGGACGCAUUAAGCCAAAACCUAUUGAUGUCAAAGUGAUUACGCAUCCCAUGCAGCGAUACGCCGUGUGGUUCGGUGGCAGCAUGUUGGCCUCAACGCCGGAAUUUUAUCAAGUCUGUCACACGAAGGCUGCCUAUGAGGAAUAUGGUCCCAGCAUUUGCCGUCACAAUCCUGUUUUUGGUACCAUGACAUAAUUGGAUCCUGGAUCGGAUUACGAAAGCGCGUUCCCAUUAUCUAUUUAUCAUCUGAUCUGAUCUGCCUGUCCGAUUCUGCGUUUAUAUUUGAUUAUUUUCCAAUAACAAAAUUUCAUGUUUUUUUUCGA